AUGGAGAAUCAUGAAUUUAGUACAACAUUGUUGUCUAUAUUAGAGGGUUCGGAAGGAAUUGAUAUGAGGUCUUUAUGGACUAAAGUUAGAAUAUUUCGUGACACUAAGGCAGAUGCUCAAGAACAGAAGCCGGAGUCUCCGCAGGUCGGCGAUGGAGAACAGAUCAAGAACAACUUAGAUAGCGCAGCUCUUGAUAAUAAACAGGAGUUGAUUGGGAAGUCUGAAGUACCUGAAGAGGGAAAGAAAUCUGACGUCACUGAGUCAACAGUUGAAGCGAAAUCUGAACCAUCAAAACCUGAGGAAUUAUCAGACUGGCAGAAACGAGAACAGGAUCUGUUGAAGAAGAUUGAAGAAUUGGAGAAGGUUAAGAGUGAGAGAAGUGUUGAGGGAUUGAUGUUGGAACUGAAGGUACGUGAAGAAGAGAUAGAUCUUCUUAAAGCUAGGGUCAAGAACUUGGAGACAGAGUUACAAGCGGCGCUAUCAAAACCAGGAGGAAAGAAUCAGGAAAUGAUUGAGAAGAUCAAACAACAACACGAGGAGUUGCUAAGUAAAGCGAAAGGAAUGAUCUUCGACAAGACGAAGAUGGUGAAGAACCAAGAACUACAGAUAGAGGCUCUCUCCACACAGGUACAGUCACUGAAGGAUAUCAAUCAGAUCACUAAGGACUUGUUGGAGAUCAGGAACUCGGAGGUUAAGGCUAUGGAGGAUCGUUUCCAAGCUCUGGAGUCAAGAUUUAAAGGAGAGAAGGAGCGUUACGACCUCGUGUUGAAGAGAGCUCAGACAAGCUCCAACAUUAACGAUGACCUCAAAAAGGAAUAUGAAACACAACUCGCUAUAUUCAAGGAAUUAAGAGAGAAAUACGAGUUAAGAGUAAAGGCUUUAGUCGAAGAAAAUAAUCGGCUGAAGGCGUCCGUUAAAGGAGGUCCCUCCGGAUAA